UUGUUUCAGGAAGAGGUUUGUAAAUAGAGCUUGACCUCAAACACAUGUCCUGCUCCUGACUAGGACCCCACUGAACAGUUAGUUGUACUCCCGUAAAACAAUGCCAUAGGGUUAUAAACAGCCAAAGACAAUCAAUAAAGAUUGGUGGCAAAAAUGGAUCCUAACUUGCAGUAUUGGAAAAGCCAAGGCAAGUCGUUCUUCAGUCGUUUACGCCUGUGGUUCGAUCUUCUUGAUCCAAGUUAUUUGCUCUCCUCCGACGCUGAAAUAAAAAAGGCUCGUGUCCUCAUUGCCACUGGGGAAAAAUUGUCGAAUGAUGACACGCUAGUGAAUGCAUGGAAGCUUUCUCUGUCUUCUGUCCAUGCUGAUACUGGUGCUGUACUACCAGUUGUUUUUCGUCCUCAAGCUCUGUUUCCUAUAUCAGCCCCUUUGAUUGUGGCCAGUUUUUUGCCACAUAGUGGAGUUAAACCGGCUCUGUUUUGGCAGUUUUUGUUGCAGAGUUACAAUGCUGGAUUUAAUUUUGCUAACAGGAACUCAUCAGCUGAGCAGGGAAAAAAUACUUCAAUGAAGCAGGUUUUGUUGCUUGUUGGAUCAGUGGCGUAUUCAACAUGUGCAGGGGCAAUUCCACAAAUAGUUGUACAGCGCCUUGGUGUGAUCAACCCACCUACCCAGGUUUUUUUUAGGUCAGUAUUGCCAGUGCCCCUCUCAGUUGCCCUGGCCUACUUUAAUGUGCAUGUUGUCAGAAGUGAGGAGUCUGAAAAUGGAAUUCUGGUGUUUGAUUCCAAUGGAAAUGCUGUUGGCACCUCCAAGGAAGCUGGAGCAAAGGCCGUGCAGGACACAGCUCUUUCCAGAGCUAUACUUUUAGGCACUACGGCUGCUGUUCCUAAUCUCCUGGUGUUUUUUUCAAAAACAGCAAAACGUUUGACCAGAAGCCCUCUGUUGGUUGCCCCUAUUCGUCACAUCAGCACUGCAUUAGUCCUUGGCCUAAUGAUCCCAGUAUCCUUCAGUCUCUUUCCUCAGCUUGGAACUAUUAAAAGGGAAAAGCUAGAAAAGGAGUUGCAGGCUGCUACAAUUGAUGGCCAGCUAUUCUACCACAGGGGGCUGUGAGGAAGGAUAACAAAGGCCUGACAUCAAAUCAUCACCAAACUCUGUAGAUUGGGUAGAAAUAAGAAUCACACCAAUGAAAUUAGACACAGUUUAUGGCUGCUUUGUGUACCUGAUAAAUACAUUUGUCAUAUUUCCCAGUAACAAACACUUGCUUUUAGUAAGAAGACAAUACAUUUUAGAUAAUUGUUACAUAACAACAGCUUGCCAUCACCAGACCAGUUGCUAAUACGUAUUAGUUUGGAACCUCUCAAUUAAUAUCCGAUUUCUUCGAAUGGGCGUUAUAAACGGGUGCAAACCAAAAUGCCUCAGGACGCGAUUGGAUACAAGCGAUGAAAUACAAUUGUACAACAAUUAAUCUUUUAAGAUUUUUCUCGUGUUUGCAGGAUUGUUUAAUUCUGUUAUUGCUCAUUAUUUAUUUGUAGGAAACAUGCACUAGUAAAGGGUUGGAAAAAUAUGAA